AAGAUGACCACAGAAAUAAUAAACGGUAUAGAAGUUACGGAUUUCAGACAAACGAAACCUGAAGUUAUGCCGUCCACUGUGCAGGAGCUCAAAGAUUUCAUAACCAGGCUAAGCGAGGAGCGUGAUACGAUACAAGUAGACAUUGACGAACACAGUGCCGUUCUCAGACGAGAAAAUAAUGUAGGGAUGGAUGGCCCGCUAGUUGACAAGGACCAGUACCCGAGAUCUGAUAUAGACGUUGUGGCAGUGCGGACUGCCAGACAGCAAGUAAUCAGACUUACUAACGAUAUGCGGGGUGUCAUGGGACGUAUUGAGAGGGCGCUCUACAAACUACAUGAACUAGCUCCUCCAAACCAGAGCGAGAGUACCGAAACAAGAGAGCGAGUAUUACCCCCAACAAGACCCCCCUUCCUACGGGUACACGGAGUGAUUCCCAACUCUCCCGCCCAUUCUAGUGGACUUAGGGACGAGGAUACUAUCUGCCAGAUAGGAUCUCUUCACAGAGACAACUUUACUAAUCUUGGAGAUGUAGCGGAGGUGGUUAAACUUAGUGUUAACAAAGCUGUGCCUGUUAAACUUAUCAGAGGUGGAACUCCUAAGACGAUCGCACUGAAACCCCGUCCUUGGCAGGGCCGGGGCGUGCUCGGGUGCAAUGUAGCUGAACUUACUGUUGAGAUUUGAGUUAGAAACUCUCAAUUCAAAACAUUUGAUAUACUGAGAACAAUUUGUAUUUAUUUUGUUGACGGUAUUCCGUGAAGGUUUUUGUAUUCAGAAAGCUUAUGUAUCCUUUUUAACGGAGAAAGACAUUUUAUUUAUUCCAGAGAAUU